AUGGUUUCAGUACGACCAAUGGACCUUAAGGUCCAACCGGCGCCCUACCAAAUGCGAUGUACGGUUCUUGAGAAGAUUUUGAAGACUUUGGAAAAAUACCAGUCAUCUUCGGGAAACGUAGGUGUCCGAGCAGUAGAGCUAGAAUGCAACGUGGCUCGUAAAAGUGGAUCGAGUCAGAGCUACAGGUUCAAUUCAAGCGUGCUUCUGCGGGAUCUGAUCAAAACAAAAGGCAAGCUCGAGGAUACAGGGAACUCAAAUGCUCGAGGUGCUUCUAAAAGGUCCGCGAGUAAGGACACACUGACCAAGGAUAAAGCUUUGAGUCUUUUGGAAGGAGUCCUUGUCAAGGAACCAGUUUUGGUCGCAAAUGGUUACAACGUGGGGUAUGCGGACCCAAAUUUGAAUCAACCUUUGCAGUUGCCCACGGAAUCGGAACACAACUACAUCAGCUGUAUACGCUGCAAUAGCAAGUUCGACAAACUGCAGAUUUUGAGUCCCGCAACAUGUCGUUUCCACGUGCAGCGCAAACGGUACAACCGCGAGACCCGUGAGGGAGAGUACGUCUGUUGUGGUGAAACUACUUCCUCCACAUCUUUCCUGGCCCUUGGGUGUAAGACUCUGCCUCACCACGUCUUUCGGGCAGAAUCGUUCGACGCAAUGUCCAAGAUUUCGCCUUUUAAAGAUACUAAUGAAAUUUGGGGCGAUUUCAAUGUGCUGGCGCUAGAUUGUGAAAUGGCAUUCACUUCUCUAGGAUAUGAAAUGAUUAGAUUGACAAUAGUCGAUUUUUUUACGAGUAAAGUUGUGUUUGACAGCAUUACUCAGCCUUUUGGUAAGGUAAUCGAUCUCAAUUCCGAAUUCAGCGGUGUGCAUGCCAUAGACGAAGAUAAUUCCAUGACCUUUGACGAAAUGCUGUCUCAAGUACUCAAUAAGCAUAUGAUUAAUGCCAACAGCAUAUUGAUAGGACACGGCAUGGAGAACGAUUUGAACGUGAUGCGUCUUAUCCACAGAAGGGUUAUCGACACGGCGAUUUUAUAUCCCAGAGGCAAGUUCAAGUCAUCCUUAAAAGACUUGGCAUUCGAAGUCGUAAGUCAGCGGAUACAAACUGGUGAGCAUGAUAGUUCAGAAGACGCAAUCGCGACAAUGAAUGUUCUCAAGGCCAAGUUGGGAAUACCUUUGAAUCAGAACGUGUGGACUUGA